AUGUACCUAACAGUGGAGGAGGCCAUGAGCCUGCUGUGCUCCCUCUCGGAGGCGAAGAAGAUGAAAGUGGAUAUCAAGCGCCAGAUGUGGUUGAUCAUUGGGCUCACGGGUGCCGGGGCCUUCGUCGGGGGCCUGGCCGGGGGCCCACCAGGACUGGCCGUUGGUUCUGCCAUUGGGGGAGGUGUGGCUGGUUCCCAUGGUCCUUGGCGGUCGGGGUGCGGCGUCGGGAUGUUCUUAUCAUUCUGGAUCUUGUGGGGGAAGAUUAAGUCCAUCCCUCAGAUCCUCAAGGAGCUGCCAAACGCCGAGAAGAAGAAACUACACAGCCAUGUCAUGGUCAUAAUCGGGAACCUGAAGUGGAAGGACACCAGUCAGCUGACCAAGCUUGUCAUGGGCAGCGAGGACCUGCAGGAGCGGCUGCUGGGGCUGAUCGAGGGCUACCUCACCAAGGAGCUGGGGACCACAGUGCAGCACGGCGACUAG